AUGAGUGAAGGAACCGCGACAAUUCGCACUCGCAAAUUCAUGACCAACAGGUUGUUGGCGCGCAAGCAGAUGGUUUGCGAUGUCCUCCACCCAGGCAAACCCACGGUCAGCAAAACUGAAAUCCGUGAGAAGCUCGCCAAAAUGUACAAAGUGACACCUGAUGUAGUCUUCGUGUUCGGUUUUAAAACUAACUUCGGUGGUGGCAAGUCCACCGGCUUCGCCUUAAUAUACGAUACCUUGGACUUAGCUAAGAAGUUUGAACCUAAACACAGACUAGCCCGCCACGGAUUGUAUGAAAAGAAGAGGCCAACACGCAAACAGCGUAAGGAACGUAAGAACAGAAUGAAGAAGGUGCGUGGUACUAAGAAAUCCAAGGUCGGAGCCGCCGCGAAGAAG